AUGGCCUGGGCCGGGCUGUGCGCCCUGCUGGCCGGGUGCUGCCUGGCGGCCGGCAGCGGCCCCGCCGAGGCGGCGGCGGAGGCGGCGGCCAAGGAGCUGGAAUGCAAACUGAAAAGCAUCACGGUGUCGGCUCUGCCUUUCCUCCGGGAGAACGACUUGAGCAUCAUGCACGGCCCCUCGGCCGCCGAACCCAAGCUGCUCUUCUCGGUGCGCAACGAUUUUCCCGGAGAGAUGGUGGUUGUGGACGACCUGGAGAACACGGAGCUGCCCUACUUCGUGCUGGAGAUUUCAGGCAACACAGAUGACAUCCCAUUGGUGCGCUGGCGGCAGCAGUGGCUGGAGAAUGGCACUCUGCUCUUCCACAUCCACCACCAGGAUGGGGCUCCCAACCUGCCUGGUUUCGAGCCCACUGAGGAACCCCAGACCGAGUCGGCCGAGGAGGAGCUGAGGAUCCUGCACAUCUCCGUCAUGGGAGGGAUGAUCGCGCUACUGCUCUCCAUCCUCUGCUUGGUGAUGAUCCUCUACACCCGGCGGCGGUGGUGCAAGCGGCGCCGUGUGCCACAACCUCAGAAAAGUGCCAGUGCCGAAGCUGCCAAUGAGAUCCACUACAUCCCCUCGGUGCUGAUUGGGGGGCACGGGCGGGAGAGCCUGCGCAAUGCCCGUGUGCAGGGCCACAACUCCAGCGGCACCCUCAGCAUCCGUGAGACCCCGAUCCUGGAUGGUUACGAGUAUGACAUCACUGACUUGCGGCACCACCUCCAGCGGGAAUGUAUGAAUGGCGGUGAGGACUUUGCCAGCCAGGUCACCCGCACCCUUGACUCGCUGCAGGGCUGCAAUGAGAAGUCAAGCAUGGACCUCACGCCAGGGAGUGAUAAUGCAAAGCUGUCCCUGAUGAACAAAUACAAGGACAACAUCAUCGCCACCAGCCCCGUGGACUCCAACCACCAGCAGGCCACCCUGCUGUCCCACACCUCCAGCAGCCAACGCAAGCGCAUCAACAACAAGGCGCGAGCUGGCUCAGCCUUUCUGAACCCCGAAGGGGACUCGGGGACAGAGGCAGACACUGAUCCCCAGCUAACCUUCUACACAGACCCCUCUCGGAGCCGGAGGCGCAGCCGAGUGGGGUCCCCCCGCAGCCCUGUGAACAAGACCACUCUGACCCUCAUCAGUGUGACAAGCUGUAUCAUUAGCCUGGUGUGUUCCUCCCAUAUGAGCUGCCCCCUUGUUGUCAAGAUCACCCUCCAUGUCCCUGAGCACCUCAUUGCUGAUGGGAGCCGCUUUAUCCUGCUGGAGGGCAGCCAGCUGGACGCCAGCGACUGGCUGAACCCGGCGCAGGUCGUCCUCUUCUCCCAGCAAAACUCCAGUGGCCCCUGGGCCCUGGACCUCUGUGCCCGCCGCCUCCUUGACCCCUGCGAGCAUCAGUGUGAUCCUGAGACUGGUGAGUGUCUCUGCUAUGAGGGCUACAUGAAAGACCCUGUCCAUAAGCAUCUCUGCAUCCGGAAUGAGUGGGGGACCAACCAGGGGCCCUGGCCAUACACCAUAUUUCAGCGUGGCUUCGACUUGGUGCUGGGUGAGCAGCCAUCAGAUAAGAUUUUUCGGUUCACCUACACACUGGGGGAAGGCAUGUGGCUGCCACUGAGCAAGAGCUUUGUCAUCCCUCCGGCUGAGUUGGCCAUCAACCCCUCAGCUAAGUGCAAGACCGACAUGACAGUGAUGGAGGACGCUGUGGAGGUCAGGGAAGAGCUGAUGACUUCCUCCUCCUUCGACAGCCUGGAGGUUCUUCUUGACUCCUUUGGUCCUGUCCGUGACUGCUCCAGGGACAACGGGGGCUGCAGCAAGAACUUCCGCUGCAUCGCAGAUCGCAAGUUGGACUCAACGGGCUGUGUGUGCCCGACGGGCCUGAGCCCAAUGAAGGAUGGCACGGGUUGCUAUGACCGCCAUGUUGGUGUUGAUUGCUCUGAUGGCUUCAAUGGGGGCUGUGAGCAGCUGUGCCUGCAGCAGAUGGUGCCUCUGCCCGACGACCCUCUGCUCUACAACAUCCUCAUGUUCUGUGGGUGCAUUGAGGACUACAAGCUGGGUACAGAUGGGCGAUCAUGCCAGCUCAUCUCAGAGUCGUGCCCUGAUGGUGUGGACUGUGGUGAGCCCCGUGAGCUGCCCAUGAACCAGACGCUCUUUGGGGAGGUCUUCUAUGGCUACAACAACCACUCCAAGGAGGUGGCCCCAGGGCAAGUGCUCAAAGGAACGUUUAGACAGAACAACUUUGCCAGGGGCCUGGAGCAGCAGUUGCCAGAUGGACUGGUGGUGGCCACCGUGCCCCUGGAAAACCAGUGCCAAGAGGAGCUCUCAGACCCCACACCUGACCCCGAAUUCCUCACUGGGAUGGUGAACUUCAGUGAGGUGUCAGGAUACCCUCUGCUACAGCACUGGAAGGUGCAGUCUGUCAUGUACCACGUCCGGCUCAACCAGCUGACCAUCUCCCAGUCCUUCAGCAAUGCACUGCACUCUCUGGAUGGGGCCACCUCCCGCAGGGACUUUGUGGCACUGCUGGACCAGUUUGGCAACCACUACAUCCAAGAGGCCGUGUAUGGCUUUGAGGAGUCUUGCUCCAUCUGGUACCCCAACAGGCAGGUCCAGCGGCAGCUCUGGUUGGAGUAUGAGGACAUCAGUAAAGGCAAUUCUCCAUCAGAUGAGUCAGAGGAGCGUGAGCGGGACCCCAAAGUGCUCACCUUUCCUGAGUACAUCGCCAGCCUCUCUGAGUCAGGCACCAAGCGCAUGGCAGCAGGCGUGCGGAUGGAGUGCCAGAGCCGCGGGCGCUGCCCCUCAUCCUGUCCCCUCUGCCACGUCACCUCCAGCCCUGAUGCACCAGCAGAGCCCAUUCUGCUUGAGGUCACCAAAGCAGCCCCCAUCUACGAGCUGGUCACCAACAACCAGACGCAGCGGCUCUUGCAGGAAGCCACCAUGAGCUCACUGUGGUGCUCAGGCAGCGGGGAUGUCAUUGAGGACUGGUGUCGCUGCGACUCAAGUGCCUUUGGGGCUGAUGGACUGCCCACCUGUGCACCUCUCCCACACCCCAUCCUGCGGCUCUCCACUGUGCAUGAACCCAGCAGCACGCUGGUAGUGCUGGAGUGGGGGCACUCGGAGCCCCCCAUCGGGGUGCAGAUCGUCGACUACCUCCUCCGCCAGGAGAAAGUGACCGACAGGAUGGACCACUCCAAGGUGGAGACUGAGACGGUGCUGAGCUUUGUGGAUGACAUCAUCUCUGGUGCCAAGUCCCCCUGCGCCAUGCCAGCCCAGGUGCCUGACAGGCUCUCCUCCACCAUCUCCCUCAUCAUCCGCUGCCUGGAGCCCGACACCAUCUACAUGUUCACCCUCUGGGGAGUCGAUAACACGGGGAGACGCUCCAGGUCCAGUGAUGUGACGGUCAAGACGCCCUGCCCUGUGGUGGAUGAUGUCAAAGCUCAAGAAAUUGCAGACAAGAUCUACAACCUCUUCAAUGGCUAUACCAGUGGCAAGGAGCAGCAAACAGCCUACAACACCCUGCUGGACCUUGGCUCCCCCAGCCUGCACCGUGUUCUUUACCACUACAACCAGCACUACGAGAGCUUUGGGGAGUUCACCUGGCGCUGUGAGGACGAGCUGGGACCCAGGAAAGCCGGCCUCAUUCUCUCGCAGCUGGGGGACCUGAGCAGCUGGUGCAACGGGCUCCUGCGGGAGCCCAAGAUCAGCCUGCAGCGCUCAUCCCUCAAGUACCUGGCCUGCCGUUACAGCGAGAUCAAGCCCUACGGGCUCAACUGGUCAGAGCUCAGCCGUGACCUCAAGAAGACGUGCGAGGAGCAGACUCUGAGCGUCCUCUACAAUGACUAUGGGGACAAGGACUACUGAGGGCCGUACCGUGGCCCUU